GCGGCUUCUCCAGAGCGCAGGCUGCAACUGACAGGCACGGCGAGCCCAGGGCACCCCACAAAGCUGAGUAUGCAGGACGCACCCCACCACACCCACCCCAUGGCCGCUGAAUGAGGCUUCCAGGCGUCCGCUCGCCUCCCGCAGCGCCCCGCCGGAGGUCUGCCAGCUGAGACGCCGCUAGUGCGCCUGCAGCCAGUGCGCUCACCUGCCAGCCUGCGCGCCAUGGGGCAACCCGGGAACAGCAGCGUCUUCUUGCUGGCGCCCAACGGAAGCCACGAGCCGGACCACAACGUCACGCAAGAACGGGACGAGGCGUGGGUAGUGGGCAUGGGCAUCGUCAUGUCGCUCAUCAUCCUGGCCAUCGUGUUUGGUAACGUGCUGGUCAUCACGGCCAUCGCCAAGUUUGAGCGUCUGCAAACGGUCACCAACUACUUUAUCACCUCGCUGGCCUGUGCUGACUUGGUCAUGGGCCUGGCGGUGGUGCCCUUUGGGGCCAGCCACAUCCUCAUGAAAAUGUGGACUUUUGGCAACUUCUGGUGUGAGUUUUGGACCUCCAUUGACGUGUUAUGCGUCACUGCCAGCAUCGAAACCCUGUGUGUGAUCGCAGUGGAUCGUUAUUUUGCCAUCACAUCACCCUUCAAGUACCAGAGCCUGCUGACCAAGAAUAAGGCCAGGGUGGUCAUUUUGAUGGUAUGGAUCGUGUCAGGCCUUACUUCCUUCUUGCCCAUCCAGAUGCACUGGUACCGGGCCACCCAUCAGGAAGCUAUCAACUGCUAUGCCAAAGAAACCUGCUGUGACUUCUUCACGAACCAAGCCUAUGCCAUUGCCUCCUCCGUUGUGUCCUUCUACUUGCCCCUGGUGGUCAUGGUCUUUGUCUACUCCAGGGUCUUCCAAGUGGCCAAAAGACAGCUCCAGAAGAUUGAUAAAUCUGAGGGCCGCUUCCACACUCAAAACCUGAACCAGAUGGAGCAGGACGGGCGGAGCGGCCAUGGACAUCGCAGGUCCUCCAAGUUCUGCUUGAAGGAACACAAAGCCCUCAAGACUUUAGGCAUCAUCAUGGGCACGUUCACCCUCUGCUGGCUGCCCUUCUUCAUUGUCAACAUUGUGCAUGUGAUCCAGGACAACCUCAUCUCUAAGGAAGUUUAUAUCCUCCUAAACUGGGUGGGCUAUGUCAAUUCUGCUUUCAAUCCCCUUAUUUACUGCCGAAGCCCAGAUUUUAGGAUUGCCUUCCAGGAGCUUCUGUGCCUGCACAGGUCUUCUCUGAAGGCCUAUGGGAACGGCUACUCCAACAACAGCAACAGCAAAACCGACUACACAGGGGAGCACAGUGGAUAUCACCUGGGGCAGGAGAAGGAAAGUGAACUGCUGUGUGAGGAUCCCCCAGGCAUGCAAGACUUUGUGAACUGUCAAGGUUUUGUAGGGGACAUCCUUCUUUUCUCCCAACGGGAGUUCUUACAGCUACCCUGCAGCAAGCUACCAGAUCCCCCAAGCCUCUGAAGACCAGAACAGGUGCCAUUACCCAAGAUUAUUAUUUUUACAAGAAGGAUUAUGAAUCAAUAAUAGACUAUGAUACCAAUUUAGCGGGUUACAGGUACCAUGUUUUAAAUGAAAUAUAA